CCACACUGCCGCAUCUCACUGUAUUUUAUCUUCCCCCUUCCUGCUGCAUCUUCUUCUUCUUCCUCAGUUCUUCUUCCUCGCACACCCUCAUCGCCUGCCGCCUGGGUCUGACAGUGAGCCAAUAUGCCUCGGGGCGGGUUCUCCGCGGGGUCGCGGAAGCUGGAGUUGGCCGUGGACACGGGCAACCCGCUCCUCAACCGCACCCUCGACGGCUUCAUCAAGAUCGGAGCCGUUGGCGCCUGCAAGGUGGCCGCCGAGGACGCCUUCGAGUGCCUCCACAAAGGGAAUGUUUCAACGAACAAGCUUGAGCAUACACUGAAGAAAAUGUGCAAGGAGGGCGCAUAUUGGGGUACUGUUGCUGGAGUUUAUGUAGGCAUGGAGUACGGAGUGGAAAGGAUCCGCGGUCGCUCUGACUGGAAAAACGCUCUGAUCGGAGGUGUGGUGAGCGGCGCUCUGAUCUCCGCGGCGAGCAACAGCCACCGGGACAAGAUCGUCAAGGACGCCAUCACCGGAGGCGCCAUCGCGACCGCCGCCGAGUUCAUCAACUACCUCACCUAGCCAUGUAACCGUCAUUCGUUCGGCAGUGUUUCUAUCCAUAUUAUCAGUCUGUCAGACAACAACAAAUAAGGACUUCUUGAUUGAAGCCAUCCAUCCGUGUUUUUCCGUCAGUUUAAUCAAUAAAUUCAGAUUUGCCUUCC